AUGCAUAAGACAGCUGCCCUCGAGUUGAAAGGCGAAGAAUAUGUCCCCAAAAGCGCCUGUAAUGAAUCAUCCGACUUCAAUGCUCUCAGGAAGAGGGCACGGCCACGUGUGCCAAUCGAACAGCGAAAAAGUGCUAAGCAGGCCUACAAGAACUGCCGACAGAAGAAAAAGAAUUGUUCGGGAGGCAUGCCAUGUGAAAGGUGUGCUAAGGAGGACCGACUGUGUGAAUUAGGCCAGGACUCGCGCUUGGCCACUGUGAAGAUGGACGAAUCUCGAGUCCAUUUGACCAAGACUCAAAGGUUUAACUGUAUGGAAAGAGUCCUGACCCGCAUUCUUGGUGUUUCAUCCAUCUCAGAUGACGAGCUGGUAGGCAUGGCAUCACAUCAAAGACAUCCUAAUAUUUCACCCAAUAGCGAGACGAAUUCAGGCGGAAAAGAACUCAUAAUGAGUAUCGAGGACGGGUCUCUACAGAAAUUCUCCAUGAGUCUGGAGAACAAGCUGUCUCGUGACUCCACAGACCAAGCAGUAGGGGCCGAGGAGCCGCGACAGGUGAACGCUUUGGGUUCAUCGCCAAAAGAACAUUCUAUAUCUCGACAAUCGCCAUCAAGCCGCUCACUUUCUAUUCAAUCAUCGCUGUCCAUUCUUGCUAGUCGAGAGAUGGCAAACCGCCUAGUUCACAUAUCCGUCAAUUACGUGCAAUACAUCCCAGUAGUUGCUAUUGUCUUCAUGAUUCUUGCGAUGGGAAAAAUCGCUAUUGAGGCGCUCGGGAAUAGCCUCUAUCAGGAGACUACCAGUAUCCUAGGGAAAGUUGUACAGGCAGGAACUUUCGAGAGCGUACAGGCUUGCAUGAUGCUCUCGGUCUAUUACUUCCCCAUAGAUAUGCCCGGCUUAGCGUUUACCCAUCUUGGGCUUGCUUUGCAUCUUGCGAUCAAGAACGGAAUGCACAGAAAAGACUACGGCCUCACUUUAGGGCAGGUGGAGCGAGAGAGCGCUGCACAUUUGGCAAACCUACUCACGCUGCGACAUAAGCUUGUCGCUCUGAGGGAGUCUCUGCCAACACUGCCCAACACCGAACAGCAAGGCAUUCAAGUCGAUCUUCUGCGGCUCGACAUCCACGUCCAUUUACACUACUGGCAGUCUCGCGCGUUCCUAGGCCGUCCUUUCAUCCUCGGGAAUGACGCCGUUUCAAACCGCCGAGAGAGCGAUAGUCGUCAGCACCUAGAAGUAUCAGCAAGCGAAGAUGUUGGCUCCGGUCUUGCCUUACUUUCCCCAGACUCCAUCUCUGCAGCCAUUCAAAAAAUCCGGCUCUGUCAGCUCAUACACAACAAAAUCGGCCUUGCGCGAGCGUCAUACGCCACCGAAUUCACGUGCUGUCGCGCCGCAAUGCUCGUCCUGAUUGCGAGCAGCCUCAAUCCUAAACGUCAUGAUUUGAGUAGUGAACUAAACCUUGGUCUGGACCUUAUAAAGGUGUUGUCUGGUGGUCACGGCCAGGCCAGCUCUGAAGCGAGCGUCAUCGUGGUCUUGCAAAGGGCGAUCCGUAGGCUUUGGAAAUCGGAGCGAGCUGAGAGGAGUAAAGUCACAUCGCCAACGAUGGUAGAGACAGCAUAA